AUGAAUUACAAGAAAGUCAAUCCUACGAGAUGGAUUCCUGCUGAACAAUAUAAUGAGCAUCUCAUUGAUCCUGUGAUUGAAAUGCCCGAGAAUGCCAAAAAGACAAAGAAUGAGAGGUUACUUUUCCAUGUUGCCUUGACAGCAACUGAUGCUCCAUACAGUAAAUGGCAGUGCCGUAUCAUGUACUACUGGUAUAAGAAGGCGAAGAACUUGCCUGGAUCAGAAAUGGGAAAAUUCACUCGGGUUCUUCAUUCUGGAAGUCCCGACAACCUGAUGGAUGAGAUCCCUACAUUUGUGGUUGAUCCUCUGCCUCCAGGUCUGGAUCGGGGUUAUGUUGUUCUGAAUAGACCAUGGGCUUUUGUACAAUGGCUGGAGAAGGCGACAAUUGAAGAAGAAUACAUAUUGAUGGGAGAACCCGAUCAUAUAUUCAUCAAUCCACUGCCUAAUUUGGCUCGUGGAGGAUAUCCUGCUGCUUUCCCCUUCUUCUAUAUCAAACCUACUGAACAUGAAAAAAUCUUAAGGAAGUAUUUCCCUGAGGAGAAGGGUCCUCUUACAAAUAUCGAUCCAAUUGGCAAUUCUCCAGUCAUAAUAAAAAAGGAUUUACUGGAGAAAAUUGCACCUACCUGGAUGAAUGUUUCUUUGAAAAUGAAAAAUGACCCAGAGACAGAUAAUACUUUUGGAUGGGUGCUAGAAAUGUACGCUUAUGCUGUGGCCUCUGCUUAUCAUGGAGUGCAGCAUAUUCUCCGGAAGGACUUUAUGUUGCAGCCCCCAUGGGACACCGAAACUGGAAAGAAGUUUAUCCUCCAUUUUACUUAUGGAUGUGACUACAACAUGAAGGGUGAACUAACAUAUGGGAAAUUUGGAGAGUGGCGAUUCGAUAAGAGAUCAUACCUUCGUGGACCCCCACCUCGAAAUCUCUCCUUGCCCCCUCCUGGUGUUCCUGAGAGUGUUGUCACUCUUGUAAAGAUGGUCAACGAAGCUACUGCUAAUAUUCCUGACUGGGACACAAAAUAA